GCGCGGCAGCGUUGUGAAUGGUGUCACCGAGGAAGCGAGCCGUCAGGAAGUGUGGGCGGCGGUGGGCGGCUUGUUGGCGUCGUGGAUUCGCCGCCAUGGCCGUCAACGUCCUGAUGCCGUUGCUCAUCCCACUGGGGGAGCAGAUCACCAAUGUGACACAGUUAACGGGCGUGGGUAACCUGGCCUUCACGAAGCCUUCCUACGAGGUGUUCGUCCAGGAAAACACGGCGCCCGUCCUACUGCUCACUCUCCACGCCGCCUCCAACACCACCAGUAUGGGCGUGAUGUACGGGGUGGUGGCGGGGGCGGUGGGCGGCCUCUUUACUGUAGGGGCGUACAGUGGUAACCUCACCCUCACGGCGCCCCUCGACUAUGAAACCAAACACAUGUAUGAGGUGAUAUUGAGCGCCUUAGCAGGAGAGGAGCGGGCCUUCGUCAGAGUGGGGGUGAGAGUUUUAGACGCCAAUGACCAGUCGCCUACCUUCUCGAGGCCUCUGUUCGAAACCCAGAUCACGGAAGAGGACGAUCGACACCUACCUAAACCUAUCCUACAGGUGUCAGCGGUGGAUGGCGACGUAAGUGACCAGGGUCGACUCCUCUACACUCUGACAGGGGAUGGAGUGGCUACUACUAAUAGCAGCUUCUCCGUCAGUCGUUCUUCAGGUCAUCUUCAUCUUCUUCGGCCGCUGGACAGAGAUCAGCCAACAGGAAGGGCGUGUUGGGAACUGAAUAUCUCGGCCACUGACGGCAUCCACACCGCCUCUACCAUAGUCAAUGUAAACGUGAAGGACAUCAACGACAACGCUCCCUUCUUUGCCAACCUCACCAUCAACGCUACUGUCCCUGAGAAUGGUAGAGAAGGGUCGGAGGUGACAACAGUGGUGGCAACAGACUACGACGACCCCCUUGAGAGCACCAACGCCAUCCUCACUUACUCCGUGGAGAAGAACGUUAUUGAUGAACACACCGGCCAGCCUAUCUUCACCAUUGAUGCUCACACUGGCAGGAUUAAGACAGCGUUGUGUUGCCUGGACCGAGAGAGGACGCCCUUCUACGCUAUCCAGGUGGUGGCGUCUGACGGUGGAGGCCUCAAGGGUACAGGGACGGUGCUGGUGACGGUGAGCGACAAGAACGAUGUGUCACCAAAGUUCUCCAGACCAGAGUGGCUACUGACGGUGCACGAGUCUGUCCCCCUCAACACCACGCUCGCCUUCCUCGCCGUCGACGACCCCGAUGUGACAAACAACUUCGUCUUUCGGAUUAUGGCAGACAGUGGGUAUGGAUGGGAGAGGUUCCGUCUGGUCAGCUCUGAUCACGGAAGCGGUGCUCUCCAGGCCAUUAAGAAACUCGACUACGAAGACCCCGUCCAGCGCCAGGGGUUCAGGUUCAAGGUCCAAGUCUCUGAUAAGGAGGCGGGGCGGUGGGAGGACGAGGAACACAUGGACUCGACCUGGGUGGUGGUGGCCCUGGUGGACGAUAACGACAACGUCCCCGACCUGUCCACCCACAGAGUUAAUCUCACCUUGUCUGAGGACACACCUGUGGGACACUCCCUCGCUACCUUCACCGCCACUGAUAAGGACCAGGGCGGGGAAGAUGAAGUGCGCUACACCAUCGACCCCAGCAGCGAUCCCUUCAGACUCUUCGCUGUGGACUCAGUGGGUCGUGUACAUCUCCGCCGCCAACUAGACCGUGAGGCAGCAGAGCGUCACGUGGUCCGUGUGUUGGCAGUGGACAGUGGCGCCCCGGCCCUCACAGCGACUGCCACCAUCCUCCUCACAGUGACGGACGUGAACGAUAACGCCCCCAACGUGGCCAACCCCGACACCCUGUACGUCCUGGAGAACAGUGGGCCGCGACACGUGGGCGACCUAAAGCUGGACGACGCUGACGACUGGUCCUUGGGCCAUGGCCCGCCAUUUACUGUGCAGCUGGCAGACGACGCCCCCACACACAUAAAGGAGAACUUCGCUGUCGACUUCGACGAAAAGGGGGACGAGGGUCGCGGGGUGGCAGUGGUGACGUCACUCGGACCUCUGGAUAGGGAGGUGUCGGUGACUCGGCUGCUGCCCCUCGUGCUGGGUGACGCUCACAGCCUCGUCACCACCGCCACCAUCACCAUCACCAUCGCUGACCUUAAUGACAACCCCAUGAAGCCCGCCAACAAGACCGUCACCAUCACCAGGUUCAGGAGUGAGGAGGUGCCCAUACCAGUUGGCCGUGUUUACGUGGAAGAUGCCGAUGACUGGGACGCUGGCGAUAAGACAUGGGCGUGGAAACGAGACGACCGACACCCACUCUUCACCCUGGACGCCCACACAGGUCAUCUCACCAUGAAUGCUCACGCCCACGAUGGAACAUAUGAGCUGCAGUUUGUGGUGAGUGACGUGAGCCACAACCAGAGGAACGUGGGUGCCAACGUGACCGUCACAGUUACUAGUGUCAGCCGUGACGUCGUUGCCUGUGCCGUGCCUGCCCAUGUCACCACCCACUCCCCUCGUGCCCUCAUCACCCCACACAAGCUUGCAUGGCGCUCCCCUCUCGAGGCUCUGACGGUGUCAGUGGAAAGGGUGGCCGGGGUGGAUGUGGGCGUGCUGUCCUUGGAGGAGAGUCCUGUCCCACCCACCAGCGGGUCCACAGGGGCGCGGGUAUGGUUUACCGCCCGUCCACGCCAGCCCCUCGACCAGCUUCUACUGUUACAUCGACGCAAGAUAUCCAGUGAAUCUGGCGUAGGUGUGACCAACGUGGGAGUAGGCGUGUGUAUAACCGUGACCUCAGCAGAGCACACCAAGGGCGGGAGUGUGUGGGUGGUGGAUGCUAACAGGACUUCACUAGUGACCCCGCGCCUGGAGAUCUCGGACAGUGGGUGUAGCUGUCACGCCUACCGCCCUCACCUGGCCCAUCAGUGGCAGGUGACCCCCAGCGCCGACGCCCAGCCCAGUGCUGCCGCCGUCACCCAGCCGGCCUCCUGCCACCCCAACCCCUGCCUCAACGGUGGUCGCUGCAUGGCUCACACCCGCGGCCCAAGAUGCGUGUGUCCACAAGACACCAGCGGGUCAGUUUGUAAACAGCUGAGUCGCCAUUUCCGAGGUAAUGGGUGGGCGUGGGCGGCACCCAUCCCGGUGUGCACCCAGGCCCACAUCACCCUUGAGCUGCGCACCACUCGCCACGACUGCCUCCUGCUGUAUGCCGGACCAGCUGAUGAUAUAGGUCACUCGGGACAACACCUGGUACAAGAGGAUGUUGUGAGCCUGGAGCUGGUGGGUGGUCGGCCACGAGUGUUGGUGGACCUGGGCACCAGCCCUGUGUUGUUGGAGGCAAAUCAGGACCACCACCUUCCCUCCCUCGCUGACGGUCAUUGGCACCGCCUUGACCUCAUCAUCACUAGCCAAAAAGUGGAAGUGAUCGUGGACAGGUGCCAGCACACUGGUGAAUGUCGGCUGGCGGCGCCCUUGCCUCCACAGGACCAUGCCCUCACUGUGGCGGCGCCCAUGCAGGUGGGGGGGCUUGCCCAUGCCCUCCCCCACCACAAUCACCAUGGCUGGCCAACACAGCUCACCCAGAAACCCUUUCAUGGGUGUAUUCGUAACCUUAGAGUUAACGGAGAGCUUCGGGACCUGGGCGAGGCAGUGUUGGGGCAGGACAGCUGGCCGGGUUGUCCAGGACAGGACCCCUGCUCCCUGGCUGGCGUUCCCUGCACUCAUCAUGCCAGAUGUGUGGAGGUGGGUGGGAGAUGGGCAUGCGAGUGUGAGCCGGGGCGAGGUGGUCAGGACUGCACCACAAACACCUUCCCUGCCUCCUUUUCUGCCAGCAGUUAUGUCAAGUUGGCUCUCUCCUCUGCUCUGCCACCCAACACCACCUCGAUCCAGCUACGGUACCGGACAUGGGAAGAGUGGGGUCAGCUUAUAGCAGUGACCUCCCAACAUGGGCGUGACCUUGCAGCAUUGCACCUGGUGGGCGGCCACGUCUGCCUCAAGCUGCUGCUGCACCCCACUGCCCUCACCCAUCUCUGUCUCUCCCAGGUGCUGCUAACUGACGGUGAAUGGCACACUGUGUACGUCCACAGAUACGGUACGUGGGCAGAAUUGCAGGUUGAUGAAGGAGAUGGACCAUUGUAUAAUGCCACACCCACACCAGCAACGCUCCAUGGGUGGAAAACACCUCUAUUGAUAGACAGACAGGAAGGUGUGCACGUAGGGGGAUCACCAGAGUAUGUUGGUGUGAGUCUCUACACUGUUCAUCAUGACUUCUUGGAUGGUUGCCUGGACGAUCUGAGGGUGUCAGGAGUCCAGCUGCCACUACCACCUUUAGUGAACUCUUCAUCGUGGGCACAAGCAACAAUGUUCACCAAUGUGGCAGCUGGGUGCACCGCCCCUUCUGCCUGCACCAAUGUCACCUGUGAGGAACCUUUUACCUGCUUGGACGUGUGGUGGAGGUACGAGUGUGGGUGUCCAGUGGGGUCCAUGUUGAUGCGGGAUGGCGGGGCGUGCCAGGACAUGGACGAGUGUGUGUGGUCACCAUGUCUCAAUGGUGGUUCCUGCAUCAACCGUGACCCAAGCUACUACUGCGUCUGCCCGGCCUCCCACCUUGGGGAUCACUGUGAGGUGCAGGCUGGGAGCCUCCCCUCCCUCAGGUGGUCUAUUGGAGUCCUGGUUGCUGUACUUGUCUGGAUCUUCAUCUUGUUAGCAGUGGUAGUGGCGGCGUACCUAUUGCACCAGUGGCGUCAACAACACCACAAGGCACCAGGAGCAGCUGACACCCUAGAGUUGUCCUCACACGACCCGGACCACCACGACCACCAGACCGAUGUUAUGGAACUAAGCGUUACUAAGAGUGUCACAGUCCAGACCCAGCCGCCUCUAACUAAGGAAACAAAAAUAGCUGGUGUUGAUAUUCUCCAGCAAGAGGCACGGACAGGGGUUGGUGAGGGGGGGACAGAGGGAGGGUGUGGAUGCCCCCAUCUACCCUCCCUUGACGACCUGCGUAACUACGCUUACGAGGGAGACGGCUCUUCCCCCGGCUCCCUGUCCUCCUGUUGCUCUGGAGGUGAUGGUGGAGGAGACACACGACUCAUGGGAGGCUUUCAAGAAGUAGCCACCUUACUUAACUGCCUCAGUGGCCCACAGUCACUUGAGUCGCCCUCUUUUCACGAAACUCCCGAUGUGUCUUCAAUAAGAACGACUAAGAAUCAUCAUGUAAACACACGCAGAAUGUCCACUAACCAACUCGCAUCCUCUUCUGAUAAGCCCUUAUCAAAUGAUGCUCGGCCCCAUAGUGUUCAUCAGUCAAAUUCAAUUUGGGUUGACAGUAAAAAUCUUCAUACAAAAAAUACUCCCAAAAAGAAUAUUAGAAUAUCAGUCUCUAAAACAGAUACUUUAGAAACUGGGAUCCAUAAUGGUAACUUGUAUCUGGACUCCAGAUUAUGUCCAGGUUUUAUGAACAAUAAAAGUAACUCAUUACCUAGAUCAAAAAUACCUACUAUAUUUAUAAAUAACCUACACACUGAAAGUCCAGACCCUGGAUGUCCUCCACAGGAAACUUGGCAUAAUUCCCUCAAAAAGAAGAAAAUUCCUUUGUCAAUCACCUCUGGGUACUUGGGGGACACCAGUGAAGCAGCAAGAAGCAGCUGUUGUAGCCAUGUAGCGCCACUAGAAGGCAGAGAAGAACUGCCCUCCCUCCUCACCUCUCAUGGUGUGUGCCACUCAUGUGUUACAGUUUCUCUCCAGCUGGACAGCAAGAUGGGACGGUUGUAUGGCAUUCCUAGACGAAGCCUUUCGGCAUCUACUGUAUCUUGUUUAACGGAUAAAGAAAACGGCGCUUGUAGCAAAGCUGUAUGUGACCACCACAAACUAGAGAGACAAUGUGUACACCCGAAGUGUUGCUUGCAUGGAUGUUAUACCCAGAGUUCCAUUCCACCUGUUUACCCAUGCCCACAAGCAGGCUCCAGAGGGUGUACGUAUACCUCUUGCCAAGGUGCUACAUUCCCUAGUACCAGAUCAACAGAUUACAAGAAUAGUCACAUCCAUAUGUUCGUUAACAGAAAUAAUGCUGGAAAAAAAUAGCGACCAUUAACAUGCACGCCUUUGGUGCUGCAGAAGCAUUAUGUGCCUCAAUGUUUUUUAUUUUAUUUUUUUUUUUUGUCUCGUCUUCUAAAUGGAAGGGGAGUACUUUUCCACACUUCAUUUAGUAAUGCUGCAUCAUAAAUAAACAAUUCUAAUUUUAUGCAUCUCAUUGGACUUGUUGAUCACAAAAAUAUAUAGUAAUAUAUCUUUGUACUUUUAUAGGUAUAA